AUGUCGGUAACACCUAGUAAUUUGUCACUGAAUGGGACGAGCUUCUUCGCUGAAAAUCACAGCAUUAUGGAUAAGCCUAGCGAGCAGGGAACUUUGAAUGUCUUCCUAUUCUGCUUGACUUUCAUCAUUGCAUUCACAGCACUCCUGGGCAGCAUUUAUUCCUUAGUUUCCCUGCUGAAAAUGCAGAACAAAACCACGGUUUCAAUGAUUGUGACCUCUUUGUCAAUAGAUGAUUUGAUCAGUGUUGUGCCAGUGAUUAUGUUCAUGCUCACCCAGUGGUCAAGUGAUGUUCUCCCUCACCCUCUGUGCACCACCUCAGCGCUUAUGUAUUUGUUCCAGGGAAUUUCUAGCAACCUGAAAGGGUCUCUUAUAGUUUCUUACAACUUCUACACUGUCAACAAAACUGAGGCAAUGAGCUGCGGCACUUCCAAGCGACGAGUGAGCGUGGUAUGGGCCAUUCUUACCAUUUGGAUUGUCAGUUUGCUGAUCUGCAUUUUGCCUCUCUGUGGUUGGGGCCAGUACGUCCCCACCUCCUGGGGUUGCUUCACUGACUGUGCCAGUUCCUACAUCUUGUUUUUAUUUAUUGUCUACUCGCUGUGCUUUUGCCUCCUCACCGUGCUGUCUGUUCCCCUAACUUACCAGCUGUUGUGCUCAGAUGAGCAGCAGCUAUUGCAUAUUGAUUACCAGGAAAUCUCUCGAGGCUACAUCACCCCUGGGACGCCUGCAGGCUGCAGUACUGCUACCUCAUCUCUGUCACCGGUGGACCCUGUGGAUAAAACCCUGAAGCAUUUCCAAAAUGCACGUCCAGGCUCGGAGGCAGCUUUUCGGAAAGGUGUGGCGGAGAGCGGAGCGCUCGAGCCCCGUUACGUGAAUGGCAUGCAGAGCAGGAGCUUCACCAUGGGCUUUGCCCAGAAGCGAUUCUCGCUGAUUCUUGCAUUGACAAAAGUCCUUCUCUGGCUUCCAAUGAUGAUACAAAUGGUUGUCCAGCACAUCACUGGUUUCCAAAGCCUUUCGUUCGAGACCCUGCCCUGUGGCUGCAUCAUUAAUUGCAGGAGGAAUCCGUAUGCAGCGUCUUCAGAGGAGCUCCAAACCAAACGUAGGGGUUUUGAAUUCAACCUGUCAUUCCAGCAAGGUUAUGGAAUCUACAAAAUAUCCCAUGAAAACCACCACCACCACCGCCACCGUGAUGGUAAAUCUACGUCCUAUCACAACCUGGUGAGCUAUGGCUGCGAUAACUGGCAAGAAGCUCGGCGAGGAAGCGAUGAUCCCCCCGGCCCCAGGACGGCGGCGUUCAGCUCCACGGCCCCGGCAGACAGCUCCCGGGGCGCCCUGGGGGGGCCCGCAGCCAGGCCAGACCCCAGCCAGCAGAAGAGCACUGACCGCCUCCUUCCUGACAACGCGGGGACCUGUAAAAGAGAAGAGGUCGGAAAUUUUGAUACGUCAGCGUUUUCUGAAGGACCAGAAAGGAGGUUGUCUCAUGAGGAAAGCCAUAAACCUGAACUCACAGAUUGGGAAUGGUGCAGGAGUAAAUCAGAGAGGACCCCUCGGCAGCGAUCAGGUGGGGCCCUGGCCAUCCCUCUGUGUGCAUUUCAAGGGACUGUAUCUCUUCAGGCACCCACGGGAAAAACUCUCUCUUUAUCUACGUACGAGGUAAGCACUGAAGGGCAAAAAAUAACACCCACGUCCAAGAAAAUUGAAGUGUAUCGUUCUAAAAGUGUUGGUCACGAGCCCAACCCAGAGGAGUCUCCUCAUACGUUUGCUGACACGAGCGUUAAAAUUCAUUUAGAGGUACUUGAAAUUUGUGACAAUGAAGAGGCCCUGGAUACUGUGUCCAUCAUCAGCAAUAUCAGCCAGUCCUCCACACAGGUAAGGUCUCCAUCCUUACGUUACUCACGGAAAGAAAACAGGUUUGUCUCGUGUGAUUUAGGGGAAACUGCCUCCUACUCCCUCUUCAUACCAUCAAACAAUCCCGACAGCGAUAUUAACAUCUCAAUUCCAGACACUGUCGAAGCUCAUCGGCAGAAUAGUAAAAAGCAGCACCUGGAAAGAGGUGGUUAUCAGGAAGAAAUACAAAUGUUGAAUAAAGCAUACAGAAAACGGGAAGAAGAUGGCAACAGCAGUUAA